AUGGAGGUGAAACAAGAUUGUCCCGGGAAGACAGGAAUCCUAGCAGCCCUUCUGCUCUUAUCUCUUUUCACCGAUGUUGCUCAAGGUUUCAGUCCAGCAGCGCAGAUCAACUGCAUGAACACAACUACAUGGUACGUAUUCUCGCCAGAAAAGGUUCAGGUAGUCAACAUGGAAAGCAUUUGCCAAAGUAUGAACGGUUCCGUCAUCGAUACCGCUUCGCUCUCAGUCCCCUGCAUCAUCAACCUGCUCGAUCAGCUACCCUCUGAAAUCGAGAACGAGCCAUUCAUAUGCAUCAGGUACUUUGGACCAUUCCUCUCUCAGGCAGGACUAUGCAAUAUAGCUGGGGAGGUUAUCGGCAUUAGCAACACAGAUGGUACCAGGUACCAUCACCUGGUGUGUGAGACUCAAAAUAAUUAUAAUGAAUUCUCUCCGUCCUCUACUGCAUUGAGUGUUUCAACUCCUCCAAUAUCGAGAAACAACAGUCAUCAUACCACUUCAGGCGACGGCACUGGCGAAAUGCAUGCAUCCUCCUCUUGGAGCGUACCCGCCAAUGAUUCUUUUUCUACAGCCUACUAUGCCACAUCUAACCAAACAGACUAUGAACCACCCACGAGGAAAAAUUCAACUGUAUUUCCAACGGAUUCAGCAACAACUUACAAAGGAUCUACUGCUCCUGCCAUCAACACUACACAGCGAACGAAACUGAUAAUGGCUGUGAGUAUUGGGACCCUAGCUAUGCUCUUGGCCACUGUUGCGGUUCUAUUGGCUCGUCGCAAUCACAUCAAGAGAAAGCAACCAACGUCAGGAAUAUUGGUAAUGGACGUGCUGACAGGAGAACAGACCAUCGAACAGAACUGGGAUCACGCAGCACCACUUUACCACGUCUCCUUGCAAACAGAUAUAUCCCCAUACUCAACAGUAGACCUCAUUGCCGAUGAAGGACAUGCCAAUGGGAGCAAAAAGAUGAUGCAGACUGAGGAUACUUCGUAUGAAUUGCCAAUUAACAUGGGUAUUGCGCCAGCGGAGAGCAGCUGCCGAACCCGCAAUAUUGCUGGAGCACUGCGCAUUUUUCCUAUGUUUUAA